GAGCAGUAAAUCGUUUGUUAAGCCCGCAAGCAAGCAACGAACUUCGAAUUUCCAAAUUUAUUACAAUUUUCAACCAAGAGCAGUUUUGCUACAGUCAGUCUAUGCGUCUACAGUUUUGAGCAAUCGCUUUCGCCAUACAAAGAGAAUCUAUUACAGGACAAUUUUUUUUUUUACUCAACAGGAUAGAACUAAGGGAGUGUUGUUGCGCAACAACAUCAACA